AUGCGAGAGCAGUAUAUGCGUAAUGGACGUGGCUUUCUGCUGGUCUAUUCGGUAACGGAUGUUCGCAGUUUCGAGGAAGCCCCCAAACUUUUCGAGCAAGUAUUACGAGUCAAAGACAAAACGGAAUAUCCUGUGCUGCUUGUGGCAAAUAAG